AUGUACUUUUUGGGGCGACCCGUUGCACUCUUUUCCGGUAUGGAUUUGGUCACUCGAGUCAACAAUAUGGAGUUUACCAUGACAGGAGCUGGUACUACCGAGUAUGAUGUGGGGACAAACAACAACAACAACAACAACAACAAGACAAAGGAAACGACCAAACGACCCAAAGGACCCAAAGUCUUUGGCUCCAACAAUCUCAUGUUUGAAAAGAACAAAGCACGACACUUGUUUUUGCGUCAAUUGAUCGGAUCGGCCAUGACACCAAAAGCGUUAGUAGAUGCUCUUCCCACCAUUCAACAAACUGCCAAAGAUGUCAUUGAACAACAAGUUCUGAAACCCAUGAUGGCUCAAUCAGCAGCAACAAUCAAGAUGGAAGAUGUCUGUGUGGACUAUACCAUGGAUAUUGUACGAAAUCAACUACUGGGCUUGCAACUUGCAAAGGAAGAAGCCAAUGACUUCCGUGAAAAACUCAAGGAUUGGAUGAAGGGACUCUUUUCCAUAGCUGCAAUACUUCGGAUACCCUUCCUGGUCACACGUUCCAAACCAUACAAAGCCAAAGUAUUUAUUGAAUCCAAACUGGAGGAAAAGAUCGAUUCCUUGCUGCGGGAUGGCCCCGAUUCAUCGACCCUCUCCAACAUGGUCUUUGCAAUCGACGACGACAAACAACAGCUCAGUCGAGAAGAUGUUGUGCAGAACGCCCUACUGCUCGUGUCAGCGGGAGCGGAAACGUCGGCGGGGACUCUGACGUUAGCCAUGCUUCUACUGGGUGUCCAUCCUGACAAAUUCCGCAAACUAGUGCAGGAACAGCAAGUUGUGGUUGAAAACCAUGGCACGCAAUUGACACCAUCUAUACUAGAUAAGGAAUGUCCGUAUCUGGACGCAGUUGUCAAGGAAACGUUGCGAAUCGGACCCAUCACAGGGGGAUUCCCACGACGCGUCAAAGAUACCUUUGUCAUUGAUGGCGUCCAAAUUCCCAAGGAUUGGAGUGUCUUUACCAGUUAUCGUCUCACGCACCAACUAGACCCUGUUACUGCUCUGCCCAAUGAUGCACAUAUGGACGUGUAUCAAGGAUUCCAGCCAGACCGAUGGAUAGACCCCGCAACAACACCUUCCGACUUUGUUCCAUUCGGAGCUGGGCCACGGUUUUGCUUGGGCUAUCAUUUAAGCAUGAUGGAAAUGAAGGUGUUCCUUGCCAUAUUCGCACGAAGCGUGACAUCAUUUCAUCUACAAAACUACUCGGCAGAAACGAAACGACCCAUCAAGUGGAACCCUAGCACAAUUAUACCUCGACCCACAGAUGGGGUCGAGCUGCACUCCAUCGUGGAGAUGGCCGCGGAGUCUUCAACUACAUGUAGGCCUACAACUGCCUCCUAA